GGUGGCGGUAAUGAGCCGCCAACCCCGGAUUUGGAUCCACGAAGAAGAGUUAGAGCGAGCAAGGGCGGGCGGGAACUUCAAGUAGGAUAUGAGAAGAAUUCAGUGGAGUGUGAGCGUUUAUCGUACUGCGUCGGUAUGAUGUAAACAAAGAAAAUAAGCAGCAAUAUUAAGAGCGAGCUGAGUAGACCGUUUUUCCAAAGCCCAAGGAAACCUUGUUAGCUGUUUGUUUUGUAGUUUUAGCUAUUUUUUUUGUUUUCGUACAUGAUUUAGCUAGCGUCGUUUUCGUAUUUUUUUAGCUAGCUUCUUUUCAGUCAGGAUGUCGGAUAAAAACCUUGUAAAGGAGUUGAGACGCUGGGCGACAGAAGAGUUUAAUCUGCCUCCGGACAGUCUUCCAAACGACGACUAUUUGAAAACACUGUGUGCUGGGAGUGGCAGGCCAAUAUGGAAAUACAUGAUCCAACACGUUUAUUCACAAAGGAAUGUCAGAAUCAUGCGUGGCAACCUGCAAUGGUACCAAGUACUUCAAGACAAAGAGUUGAAAAAAGCUGAAGGCCAGAGCGAGGCUGCGAAGCGGAGAGAGCUCCAAACGAAGAUUGAACAGUUAAGAUCUGAGAUCACCGUCCUGGACUCUCAGAUUAAAGGAACGGAGGAACAGCUGGGUGCACAAGAGCGAUCCAUCAGUUGUAUCAAAGGCCAAAUAAAGGACGGCCAGUGUAGAGAGCUGAUCCUGCAGGCGUUUAGACAGCGCUGCUCCCGGGGUCGUCAAAUGCUUUCUGACGAUGUAAGAAAAAUUGACAACCAUUGUCAAGCUCUGGAAGAAAUUGCAAGGAAAGCAGAGAUUGAGGUACUUUAUGGCAGUGAACCUUCUGGCGACCUGGAUGAUAAAAAUGGGGACUUAAAGGGAGGAGCAGAGGCAGAAGUUCUACGUGAACUGAGAGCUCUGUGUGACGACAGGAUCCAAUUUUAUCAGUCAUUACAAGAGAGUGAACUAAAACUGCAGCACUCGACGACGAGACAUAUGACACGUGAACAGAGGAUUGCUGUCUAUCAAUACUGGCUGAGCUCUGUGGAGAAGGUGUUGGGUGAUUAUCCUCCAAACCAUGUGCUCUCAGCACUGCAGUAUUUAGCCUUUAGAGAGCAAAAUGACCUGCAGAAGAAACUGGCUUCUGCAGAUGUGACUCAGAAUCUGACGUCUCUUCGGUACCGAUAUGAAAGCAAUCAGCUUUUGGAUGUUUCAUUAGAGGAGGAUAAUGAGUUACCACCUGUGAAGACCCUUAUAGAGGCUGCUUGGGAAGAGGUGCAACAGAGUCUGGUGGACCUGGCCCAGACUCGCCUCAGAGUCCAGGAGCUCAAACAACAGUUGAUGGCCCGUAAAAAAGAGACGGAGCUGGAAGUGUCUGCUGCAGCGGACGAGCUCCACAGUGAUACUUCAGCCAUGUCAGCGCUGGAGGUGGAACUGCAGGGUGUGAUGCAGGCGGCGGUCCGGGAUCACAUCAGAGACUUCUGCAUCCAGCUGGACCAUCAUGCUAAAAGCCGCCAGGAGGCUCAAAGAAGUCUUCACAGCCAGUGGCAGAGCAUUCUGGACUUCAGGGAGCUUGUGGCCCUCAGACAGGAGCAGAUAAGAGGUCUUAUUAAGGGGAACUCAACAGCCAAGACGCAGCUAAUCCGUCUUCACAAGGAGCUGCAGGAAUUCAUUGAGAGCAAAAUGUUGCCACAGUUUGAAGACGUCGUAAAUGUAGCCACCGAUCUGCGUAACUCUAUUUCUAAGGAGGCCAGACAGUUUGGAUCAGUUUCACUUUUUUCUCUGGACCGGAGGGUUGUUGAUGGGAUUCAGAGAGUUCCUGCAUCAAGUUUGUCAAUCCAUCGCUUGGAGUCUCCAAACUUCACCAGCUUGUGUCAAAACCUGUCAUUUCCUGUGCACAAGGCACCAGAGGAGCUGUGCUCACAGGUACGCUACCAACAGCUGGAGUUGUGUUUCCUCCGUCAGUUACUGCAGCUUUACUCCACCAGUCCACAGAAAGAAGCAGAACAACUACAUGCAUCUGAUCAAAACGCGCUGGUCAACAGAAUCAAGGAGGAGGAUAAGAAAAUCCUGAAGUCUUUGCUUCCAAGAGCAAGAGCUCUCGCACACAGCUGCGUGCAGGGGCUUUCUUAUGGAGACCACAUCAAGAGAGCCAUCUCUCACUGGUGGGAUAAACCUGCCCAACAUGUCCUACCUGAAGAGACUAAAGGAGGACUGACUUUCCAGCAGUGGCUUCUGAGGUGGAAACUUGCUGCUAAAGACUUGGCAGCUGGAAACUUGUAACUCUUUCCUAUUGGAAAUGGUCAAUCCAUGUCUAACUAAACUGCUGCUUUGUGUUAUUAUUAAUAAUCCUGCUCUAUCAUGCAAAAACAGACACAAAUAAAAGAUUUUAAGCACAAA